AUUUCCUCCAUCGUGUCGAACAUGUCUCGGUCGACGAGCCGGCGCGAGAUGGCGAGCAUGUCGCCGUCGGAACGGUACGAUUCGAGCAUUCCGGUGAGGAUGGCACGGAACUCGGAAUAGGACGUGCUUGACGAGGGGUAGGUCUGCUUGACGAGGCGUUUGAAGAGGUUGGGGAAGGAGGCGGCGCGGGUGGAGGAAAUGGAGACGAGCGCGGAGAAGGUGUCGCGCACGAAGGAGCGGAGGGUUUGGAGGACUUCGGCUGUUGGAGGCGAAGGCGAAGGCGAAGAAGUUGCGUCUUGUGUCUCAAAGGAUUCUAAAGAGACAGCGAGAUCCUGCGAGAGAGCGCAGAGAUACUCUACGCAGAAUAUCUGGCUGUUGAGCAGCUGAAACCAGAUGUCCUCGAGCUGAACAUCGCUUGGCGCCUGAAAGCGGGAGUGCUCGAGGCAGACCUCGAUACCGCGUUUGCCGAUCUCUCGCAGCUCCAUGGUCAGCCCAGUGCACGUUUCUUGCUUUUCGUCCUCGUCUGAGGGGGCGAACAAGGAAAGCACUUGAAGCUCCUCCGCCAUCUGAGCAAGAACUAUGCGCUCCGACAGAUGCGCUCCGGCAACAGCUUGCUGACCUGGAAGCGUUCGUCCCCCUACUCUCUGACCAGGUGGUGCAAACAUUGUCCAGGCGUUGCUGCGAUGCCCUCCUCCCCGUGCGGUCCAUCCCCUCGCAAUUUCGGGCAAUGUCGAAAAAGCGGCCUCCUGCCGAGCCGAGUUAUUUUGUGCACACCAUCCUCCGACCCCUCAAAGACUUCUUCGCUGGCCCAGGCGAGCGUCUCAAGGACGCGCACAUGCGUGCAUACACGACGGAGAUAUUCGACAACGUGUGCCAGCGGUACAUCUACUACCUCUCCGCCAUGAAGAAGACGGAGGAAUCGCUGCGGAGGCUGAAGCGGGGCAAGAAGCAGACGACGGCGUUGUCGUUCUUCGGAGGUGGGCAGCAGGAUAAUGGCAGGGACGAGGAGAGGAUACGGCAGCAGAUGAUAUUGGAUGUUGAUGCGUUUGCGAAGGACGGAGAGGGGCUGGGCAUGGAUACGCAGGCGCUGGAUAGUUUCAAGAUGCUCCUGGAUAUGGUGCAAGCCAGCCUAUUGGAAGGUAUAUUGUCCUUUGAUGUUGAAAACUUCCUCGUUCCUAACAGAUUCGUAGAUGCAUAA